AUGGCGUCACUGUCAAGACCAAUUCUCUCAUUUCAGCCGAGGCUUUCUCUUACCUCCUUUCAAGGCUUCGAGGAAGCUACGUUGCGGGUCAACCCUCCCAGCGUUGUAUUCGACAACGAAUCUGACCCAGUCUCAACCCUUGUUAAAGUGGACAGCGCAAACAAGCAAGGCUGCCUUCUUCAGGUCGUACGGCUUUUGACUGACCUUGAUCUUGUGAUCUCCAAAGCUUACAUCUCUUCUGAUGGCGGAUGGUUCGUUGAUGUCUUCCAUGUCGUGGACCAACUGGGGCAAAAGGUGACAGACGAGAGCCUUAUUCAGUUUAUCAAGAAGGCCCUGGGUGCUACCAAAGAGGAUUUCGCUCCUGAUGCAAGGACUUGCCUAGGAAAGCCUGUCGCGGACGCAAUAGAUUUUGAACACUCCGUCAUAGAACUCACAGGAUAUGACCGCCCUGGGCUUCUCUACGAGGUGUCAGAGGUGUUGACGAAGCUGGGAUGCAAUGUGGUGGGAGCAGAGGUCUGGACGCACAAUAACCGCGUGGCUAUCGUCGUUCACAUUACUCAAGCAGUCAACGGCGGACCUGUCACCCACCCUGCUGCGCUGGCCGAAAUGCACGACAGCUUAUGCUCGGUGAUGGAGUCAGACAGUAUCAGAAUUGAGGCUCGGCACAGCUUCUUUGUUGGGGAGGCCCAGACCGACCAGAGGCUGCAUCAGCUAAUGUUUGCUGACAGGGAUUACGAAGCCGCUGGGAUUCAUGUCUCUCCUGCUGGUGCAGCUGACGAGAAACUUCGCUUUGAAGAGGCUGCAUUACGUGUCAAUCCACCCAGGGUUGUUUUUGACAACCAUUCUGAUCCAGUCUCGACUCUUGUCAAAGUGGAUAGCGCAAAUAAGCAAGGCUGCCUUCUUCAAGUCGUGCAGCUUCUAACUGACCUUGAUCUCGUGAUCUCCAAAGCUUACAUUUCCUCAGAUGGCGGCUGGUUUGUGGAUGUGUUUCACGUUGUGGACCAAUUGGACAUGCAGUACAUUAUUCACCAUGCUACGAUCGAGUCUGAGAAUGACAUCGCACAUCAGGAGUACUACGUCAGAACCAUGGAUGGGUCCAUGCUGGACACUGAGGCUGAGAGGGAGCGAGUUGGCAAAUGUCUUGAAGCAGCUAUUCUGCGGCGCAGCCCAAGGGUGAGCUACAUUUCUGGCGCUCUAUUGAUGCUCUUAUAUUGA